GUGACCUACAAAAAUGAGACUGGGUGAUUUUGUCAGGUCGUUAAGCAGUCUCAGUAGUUACUAGCGGCAAGUGUGAAGCAGCACACUCACCGCAAGAGGAGGUUCCAAGGAUGAGCGAUGGGGUUACCCGCUAUCGCCCCCAGUCCGCAAUCCAGCACCUCCUCUUCAAUCACGGCCUCAUUAUUUUUACUAUCAAUCAAGGCCAAGUCGAUUUCUCCCUUCUUUCUCCUUUCUCCUUUCUUCACGAGUUUCGCUCCUUGCGAUUUAUGCGAGUUCUCGACCCCUCCACCGCAAGCUUCAACCUUCGUGGUCUGUGCGGCCCAGCCACCGACCUCCGACCGAGCUCCGCUUGAUCGACGAGCACAUUCGUCAUUGCGGCCAGCAAUCACCUCCACACCUGCUCUGACACCCUCCCAUAUCCCGCUUCCUCCCCGGCGCAACCACUCACGAGUGGCGAUCUCCAGAUGUCCCUUUUCGGAACAUCGCCAGAAGAGCCCUCCACGGCGGCCUCUAUCCAGAGACCCAAGUCGUCCCUCUUCGCGGACGAAUCGAUCGGUGGCUCCUCGUCCCUCUUUGCGGAUGACACCGGCGACGACAGCUCCUCAUCGCCCUGGAACCUUCAGAAUAACACCGCGAAGCGCACUGCUCGGCGAGACCUUGUCCGGACGUUGCUUCCCGUUUCUGAUGUGCCCGAAAGCUAUGUUGAUGCCUACGACCUCAUCCUGAAUAGUGGCGAUAGGGUGGGAGCUGGCGUUGGCCUUACCUCAAUCCGAGAGCUUCUGUCCAGCAGCGGACUGAGCGCAUCGGAUCAAGGCAGGAUCCUGAAUCUUGUGGUAUCUGGUGACCACGAGAGCUCGGGUGGAUUGGGUCGUGGCGAGUUCAAUGUGUUGCUAGCACUGAUUGGACUUGCGCAGCAAGGAGAAGACCUAUCUUUCGACUCGGUCGACGACCAUCGUAAGAGACUCCCACAGCCGAAUAGCGGUUUCCUCGACCGACUACGAACUGCGAACGAUUCUCAUUCUAGCGAAGCCUUUGAACGACCUGUUACACCCCCAGCACAGCCAUCCCCAAACCAAGAGCCCAAUUCUGCGCGGUCUCGCCGUUCGCGACGAGAGUCUCUGGGCGGGCUAGACUCGGAUCCUUGGGGCAGCCCGGAGUUGCAUCGGAACCACAAUCACGAAUCUCUAGCUCCCGAACAACGGAUUGGAAACGGCUACGGGAGUAUGCGCUCUACGACGAACGCUUGGUCAACAAGCAGGGCGGUUGAAGAGGCAAGCCCGAGCCAGAAUGAGGUCCCCCAGCAGGGUCGUAGCGUCGCCCCAGUUGAGACGGCGGCACCACCACCACCCAGCAGUUCAGGAUCUGGAUGGGGUGGCAAUAUUGCAACUACGCCCGACGAGGGUGGUUUUGUGGGAGCCCCGCGACCUGCCCUCGGUGACUUCGGGCCCUCCAGCGAUGAACCUGGCGAUUUAGCACCUCGGCGUCGGUCUAUGGGUAUCACCCGCACUACGAACCCCCAUGUAGCAGAGACAGUCACAAUCACCCUUCUCCCCGAAAAAGAGGGAAUGUUCAUGUUCCAGCAUCGGAACUACGAAGUCAAGUCUGCGCGACGAGGCAGCACUGUCGUUCGUCGAUACAGUGACUUUGUCUGGUUGCUGGAUUGCCUGCAAAAGCGAUUUCCGUUCCGACAGUUGCCCCUUCUCCCCCCAAAGCGAGUUUCAGUGAAUGGUACUCACCUAUCAGCCGAUUCAAAUUCUUUUCUGGAGAAGCGGCGCCGUGGACUUAUUAGAUUUACCAAUUCCCUCGUUCGGCACCCAAUUCUAGGCCAGGAGCAAUUAGUAGUGAUGUUCCUAACCGUUCCUACCGAACUUUCGGUAUGGCGGAAACAGGCAACGGUCUCGGUGCAGGACGAAUUCGAAGGCCGGACGCUCCCACCUGACCUCGAGGAUUCAUUGCCCGCCGAUCUCAACGAUACCUUCGAGACCGUCCGCAGCGGCGUGAAACGUUCCGCUGAGAUCUAUAUCAACCUGUGCACCCUGCUCGAGCGAUUGUCCAAGCGAAAUGACGGCCUUGCGGCUGAUCACCUGCGAUUCUCCUUGGCUCUACAGUCUCUGACCGAGGUAACCAAGGAUACGUACGCCGUCGACACUAAUGAUAUCCCGGGCCUGAACACCGGUAUCACUGCGACUGCUCGGCACUUGUCAACUAGCCAAAGCCUGUUGGAAGAUGAGGCCCGGGCCUGGACCGACGGCGUGCUGGAAGACCUCAAGGCCCAGCGAGAUUGUCUAGUCAGCGUACGCGAGAUGUUCGAUCGGCGGGAUCGGCUGGCGCGCAACAAUAUCCCACAACUCGAGCGGCGUAUUGAGACCAAUGAGCGCAAGCUGCAGGAUUUGCGGGCACGGCCGUCGGGCACUGUGAAGCCUGGGGAAGCCGAGAAGGUGGAGGACUCCAUUUUCAAGGACAAAGAGUCGAUCGUGCAGCAGCACGCACGCGGCGUGUUCAUCAAGGAGUGCAUCCGUGAUGAACUCACUCACUUCCAACAGAGCCAAUACCACAUCAGCCGUCUGCACCAGGACUGGAGUCAGGAGCGAGUCAAAUACUCCGAACUGCAGGCGGACAAUUGGCGACGACUUAGCGAUGAGCUCGAGGGAAUGCCGACGGGAGAGUAAUGGGAGAGCAUUUGGCUUUCUCUCUCUCUUUUUCUCUCUUUUUCUCUCUCGUUCCGCCUGGGGAAACCCUGUAGCCGGGAUUGUCGUACAUAAAUCCGAAGCAAUCAGGCCCAGGCCCAGGUCCAAUCCAGCCCCAACAUGAGGUUUUCUUUUUCGUGUAUACGCGCGGGGUGCGCGCGGGCCGCACCGACUUCGGAUUAGUGAAGAGCUUGGCCGGAUGUUUGCUUUUUUCCAUUUGGAACCUCUAACAUGUUCUCCGCCAUGUUGACGGAGUGGCGGAGAGCCUGAAGGUGGGUCUGGACCCUUUCUGCAUCUCCUUUGGCUCUGCGGCGGUUGGAAAACCGCCCGAGACCACAUUCUACGUGUUUGUUGAUGCUUCGUUGUAUGUUCGGAUUUACCGCGGUUUGCGCUUGUGUAUCCCUCGUUUUCCCCAUCAAUUCCCCCUCCGUGUUUGAUUUGUACGUAUUUUCUUUGCUGUUUUUAGUUGAUAUACUCCAAGAACCUAUAUCCGUGUCUUCCAGGGCGGUGUGUCCAGGCCACUUUGAAGUAUGGUAAACCGUGUAUAAUUUAUGA